AAAAGAAAAGGAAGUGAAAAAAGAAGAACCACCAAAACAAAAAGGACAUGUGGAGAAAGAAAAAAAAGUAAAUUAGAAAAAAGGAAAAGGAGGGAAUUGGAAGAAGAAGAAAGGAAAUUUGGUGGCAUGGAGAUGAAGAGUGGAAAGGUGAGGCAGAGCCAUCUGUGUGUUGGUUAGUUUUUUUACAGAAACGCCUUUCGUUAGCUUCAAACUUCGAAAUCUAAUCUCAGGAAAAGGUCAAAUCAAUUCCACCCUUCCAAUUCUUCUUUCUUUCUCUCUUUCUUUCUCUCUUUCUUUUUUUCUUCUUUUUCCAAUCAAUCAUUCCUUCAUUUUUCAUACCCACAACCAUACCCUAUUUCCGGCUCCUUUCUUUUCUCUCUUUCUUUAAUCCUCCAUUUCUCACCUCCUAAUCCCUGUAGUUUCUUGCUUUCGGCUACUCUGCAACCCCUUCUGCUCUUCUCUCUUCUUCUUGUUCUUAUUUUUAAUCCAUUUUUUUUCGGAGUUUUCUCUCCUGGAAAAUGGAUUCUGAUUUCUGGACAUCUCGCCUUGCCGCUGCUAAACGUCAGUAUAUGUUGCAGCAUCAUCACCAAGCUUCCAACUUAGAUCUGUUGGGAAUCGAUGAUUUGGAGAUGGAUGAUGAUACCCGUCCCCAUUUUCCCUGCCCUUUUUGUUAUGAGAAUUUUGACGUUAUGUCCCUUUGUUCGCAUCUGGAAGACGAACACUCUUGCGAGACAAGAGUCACGGUUUGCCCCAUAUGCUCAGUUAAAGUCAUGGGGGACAUGUUAAGUCAUAUAACGUUGCACCAUGGGCACUUGUACAAGCUUCAGAGGCGUCGCAGGUUGCGUAAGAUUUCCAUCCCCAACAGUCAAGCAUUGUCCCUUUUGAGCAGGGACCUUCGCGAGGCUCAUCUGCAAGUCCUUUUAGGGAGCAGUGGGUACCGUACAAGCACCACUAACGUGCCUAGUGCAACUCAUGAUCCGUUUUUAUCAUCACUUAUUUUAAAUUAUCCUGCAUCUGAUGUUGAAGAUAUCUCAAAAUCCAUGCUAACGAGUGCCGAAGAUGUGUCUUCAGAGAACGUGGCACCAUCACCAAUUUGGAAAUCAAGUUUUGAUCCUUCUUUGAGCCAGGAAGAGCGGGAAAAAAGGAUGAGACAGGCUAUUGGGAGAGCAGGCUUUAUGCGAGAUAUGCUUUUCUCAACUCUCUUAGAGCACUAAUGAAAGCAGUAAGUUAUCGCCAAAGUGAUGCAAAAAAUGAAUAAAUGAACAGACGUUAAAUUGAUUCUUAUGGCUUUAUUUGUUGUCGACCCAAUAACAAACUCGUUGAGAUCAAACACUCUUUGAGUACGGUUGAUGACAAUAUCCUUCAUUACAACCAGUGAAUGGAUUACACUUUAAUAUAAAGUCUGUCUGUUUAUUUAUUUGAUAAUUUAACUGUACCAUAUUUGUAGUUGUGUUGCAAGAAGAAUUUGAAUGUAAAAAUUUCAGAAUAGUGAACGACAGAAGGGGAGCAUUAUGCUUGUUGGCGCUCGAAAGUCAGCCGAGCAGGACAAGGAGCCAGACCAUAACCACCAUACAAGGAGAAACUUGAAGAGAAAGUAAGAUGGUCAACACAGCCUAAGAAUCUCCAAUUAAAUGGCAACUAUUGGGACUGUGCCUACAGCUACUUCCAAGGAAAUUAUCAAUGCUUUUGUUUUUAAAACCUUCUCUUUUCAUUAUGACACAACACAACUAGGUUGAAUUAUCAUUCUGAAAUUGAGACGCUGCAAUUUAUUAUAGCUUGAUAAUGAAUUGGAAUUUGCUGUUUUAAUUAAAGAUCAAAUAUCCAAUGUUCGUGGAAGGGAACAUUACAUAUCUCAUA